ACCGGAUAUCUAUUAUUUUACACCGGCGAACCCUGCAACUUCGAGCCACCGUCCUUGACAAGCUUGACCCACGCGAGCAUGAGUGCUAGCACCAGAUCAGUGUUGACGUUUCUCCAGCGUUGUGUGGCGCUGAGCCACCAGACGACCAGGUGUGCUCGUAUUCCACGGCCCACUUGGACUUCCACGACCCGGACAGCGGCCUCCUUUCGGGGUUUGUGUCCUCUCCAGUGCAUUGCCGUCGUGAGGACCACCCAACGUCGCCUGUGCAGCAAGGCACCGUGUGAGGAAGAAUAUCCUCCCCUUCCAGCCUACGAGACCGACACGGCACCCGCGAAGAGGAAAGAGCUGUACAUCGUGCAAGUGAUAGGCCUUCCGUGGUCAUGCACUACCCAGGAUAUUGUCCACUUCUUUUCAGAGUGUCGUGUCCGCGACGGGACGUCGGGCGUGCACCUGACUGUGGACCACCAGGGUAGGCCAUCGGGACGUGCCUUUGUGGAGCUGGAGCAUGAGGAGGAUGUGAGCAAAGCGCUGGAGAAGCACCGGCAGUACCUCGGACCUCGCUAUGUGGAAGUGUAUGAGGUAACAAACAACGAUGCCGAGGACAUCCUGAAGAAAGCGUUGUUGUUUCCCACCGACACCCGGGUGGUUCGGCUCCGAGGUCUCCCCUUCACCUGCACCGAGGACGACAUUGUGCACUUCUUUACUGGUUUGGACAUUUUGGAGAAAGGCAUCACCAUGGUAAUGAAUAGCAGAGGGAAAAGGACGGGGGAGGCUUUUGUGUGGUUUUCCUCGCAGCAAGCGGCUGAUGAAGCACUGCAAAGAGACAGAGAGCUCAUAGGGAACAGAUACAUUGAAGUGUUUCCCAGUUGCAGUCAAGAGAUUCAUUCAAAAUGGCGGCAUUCUUCAGAAAAUGCAAACGAAACAUCCAGGAGCAGGGUCAGACCUGCACUCGCACCCGACAACCCCGCCGCUGCACCAGUCCCUGCUAAACUGUCCAACGUGUCACAUCACGUCCACUUGAGAGGACUUCCCUUCCAGGCCUCUGGAGAGGAUCUUGUAAAGUUCUUCGCCCCGCUGGCGGUGUCCAGGAUCCGCCUGGACCUGGGACCUAACGGCAGGCCGAGCGGCGAGGCCGAAGUUUACUUCGCCAGCCACUGUGACGCCGUGGCAGCAAUGUCCAAAGACAGAAUGUACAUAGGUGGAAGAUACAUUGAGCUGUUCCUCAAUUCUGUGCCUGAUAACGAAAGGUGAAAAAAGAAGCGCUUCUAAACCAGAUGUUCUUUAUUCAAGUAUGGCAUCAAACAAUAAACCAUUCCUGGUUUCAUCA